UUCAUCUUCUUCUUCGCAUCAUUUUGUUAUGCAGUUGACAUGUCCAUCCUGGAGUAUAACAAACAUGUAUGGCGAAGUGAUGAAGAGGUGAAGGGUGUACACCAACAGUGGCUGGCCGAGCAUGGGAAAGCGUACAAUGGGGUGGGAGAGAUGGAUAAAAGAUUCCAAAUUUUUAAGGAUAAUUUGAAGUUCAUCGACGAACAUAACAGCAUGGAGAAUCGAACGUACAAGGUGGGGUUGAACAAGUUCGCCGACCUCACAAACGACGAGUACCGGUCCAGGUUUUUGGGCACCAGGAGUGACGCUAAGCGCCGCUACGUGAAGUCCAGAAAUACCAGCCAACGUUACGGCUUCCGAGUUAGCGAGAUGCUGCCGGAAUCCGUUGAUUGGAGGAAGAACGGCGCCGUUGCUCCCGUCAAGGAUCAAGGAAGUUGCGGGAGUUGUUGGGCAUUUUCAACUGUCGCAGCGGUUGAAAGCAUAAACCAAAUCGUUACAGGGGAGCUGGUAACACUUUCAGAGCAAGAACUGGUAGACUGUGACAGGUCCUAUAACGAAGGCUGCAGUGGCGGCCUUAUGGACUAUGCAUUUCAGUUCAUCAUUUCCAAUGGCGGGAUUGACACAGAAGCUCACUACCCAUACAAAGGCAGAGAUGGAGUUUGUGAUUCCAAGAACGCCAAGACUGUUACCAUAGAUGGCUAUGAAGACGUUCCACAAAACGAGAAUGCGCUAAAGAAGGCCGUUGCACAUCAACCCGUGAGCAUUGCCAUUGAAGCCUCUGGCAGGGCAUUCCAGUUUUACUCAUCGGGAAUAUUUACUGGGAAAUGCGGCACAGAAUUGGACCAUGCAGUGGUGGUGGUAGGCUACGGCUCAGAAAAUGGUUCAGACUAUUGGAUAGUGAAGAACUCUUGGGGUAGCAGCUGGGGCGAGGGCGGCUAUGUUAGAAUGGAGCGCAAUGUGGGUGGUACUCAUUCUGGAAAGUGCGGGAUUACAAUGGAGGCUUCUUAUCCCAUCAAGAAUCGUGGAUCUAAUAAGGAUUAUAGCAGUGCUUGACAUGA